CACCAAUCAGCUGGUAAUCACUUGUUUUCGUUUAUGUUAUGUUUUAUUGCAACAAUAUACGGCAGAGAACUAUUUAAAUAUUGAUAAAACUGUGGAAAAGUGAUUAUUCUUUAAUCGGCGUCGUACGUGAUUAUAAUAAAAGAAAAAUUACAUUUACAAAAAGCAGUAACACAAUUGAUGCAAUAUUCCCGGGAGAAGAGAGAAAUUGGACAACGGAGUUUGCGAAAAAGCUGAUUAUAGGAAGUAGCAGAAUGUCAGAUUCGAAAUGUUUUACGCUGCUAAAGGACCCUAGUUCAUAUACACCAGACACAAUCGACUUGAAUAGGGAUGAGAAGGCUGCUUUAUAUUGGUUCCCUUGUUUUCGUGAUUUAAUUACAAAAUUUGCCACACAAGCAGCAGAAAGCCAAAGUCAUAAUGAUGAUACCGCCGUGCAACGUGCAGAAAAUUUUCGAAAGUCAUAUUUAGAAAAACUGGAUGAAUACCAAAGAAAUACACAAAUGAAUGCUGCAAACAAUAUUGUGCUAGGCAUACGUGAAUUGCUUGAAUUGAACGAAAUACAACUGCGAGUAUAUGGUUUUGGUGAUCCUUGGAGAAAACAAAAAGAGUUAGAAAAUACAGCUGCUCUAGCUGCGUUAAGCAAACGAUUGGAAGAGCUAGACGCCAUCACAGAUAAUACAGCACGUUGGACAGAGCUGAUACGUGGUGUGCUCGCUGGUAACAUGUUUGAUUGGGGUGCCCAAGCUGUGACGAGUAUUUUGGAAGAAGAUUCCAAUUUCGGCUUACAUUCAGCAUUAGAUCGUAUAGAGAAAAGACCAUGGCUUGUUGAUAACUUAGACAACUGGUUGCAGCGUAUGCUUGGCAAAGCGCAUAAAUGUGCACUUGUAUUCGUCGACAAUAGCGGUGUAGAUGUAGUUUUGGGCAUAUUGCCCUUUGUGCGUGCUUUAUUACAACGUGGCACUAAAGUUUUGCUAUGUGCAAAUAGUGAACCAUCGUUAAAUGAUGUAACAAACCGAGAAUUGACAGAUUUGUUGAUUAAAGCUUGUACACAUUGCAGCGUCUUAGCUAAAGCGAGACAAGAAGAAACACUAUUAUUAUAUGCGAAUGGACAAAGUGGUCCUUGUCUGGAUAUGCGCUCGCUGCCGAGUGCAUUAUGUGAUGCCAUACAAGAACAUGAGACUGAUUUGUUGGUUAUUGAAGGUAUGGGGCGUACAGUGCAUACAAAUCUUUAUGCGAAAUUCACCUGUGAGACACUUAAAUUAGCUGUCAUUAAAAAUAAAUGGCUUGCAGAGCGGUUGGGCGGCGAUACGUUCGCCAUUAUUUGUAAAUAUGAAGAUGCAAGCUAGUUAAUGCCAGUUAACUAUUGUUACUGCCGUUUGAUUUGAGAGUGGAUUACCUUUGAGGGAUACUUUUAUUCAUUAUUCGAAUGCUUAAAAAUAAAAGUAAAAAAAACUAAAACUCCUACUACCAAGUCAAAUACGUAAGAGAACAAAAAAAAAUGUCAAAAGAAAAAUAUUAAUACAUGGACAUUGGUGUCAAUAACCCACUGAUUAACCAUCUACUAUUAUAUAUAUAAUUACUAAUUGUUAAAAGAAAAUAGAAAAAAAGCAUAUUAUAUUAACGACUUAUUUGUGAAACAGAGCGCGUUUUAUUAGUCUAUGCCAAUGUUGUGAACAAAAAUAAAAUUUGUAAUUUUACUAAAAAAUGACUAAAU